GCUUCCGCUGUAAUUAGAAUCAGUUUCAGUAUCAUUCAAAAAUCAAACAAUCAAAUCUCUUUCCAGUCGGCUAGAAUUUUUGUAGUCCGCUAUAAAAUCUUAGCGAUGUGUCCGAGUUAUAAUAACAUACAUUGUUAACUCCUUUAAAACAUACGAAAUAAUCAAUUACAUAAAUUGUCAUUUUAUUUUAAGUUUGUGAUGAACAAACAGUUAUUUUAACUUCUCUUUGUUCAGUGUCUACUUGUGAUUGGCGACGUUGCCGCUUUUCGCGUGUGAAACAACAUUUUAUUGUAUGGUGCUAAUAAAUAAAAUUUAAACUUGAAAAAACUUUUGUAAAGAGAUUUUUUAAGAAAUAUAUUAAAAAAUUAUGUUUAAGUGUUUUGAAAUGUGUGAUUGUGAACAUUUCUCAUUUUCUGACGCAAUAACGGUUUGGCAACAACGCGCGGAAUCUGAAUGAAACAAACUAUUCCAAAUGUAUUAGAAAACUAAUAGGAAUCUUGCAAUUUUUCACAUUUAUCUCUCCUCUAUGAGGUACUAGGCGCUCAGCGCCCGGUCGCUCAAUACCGUCGGGUCUACGCGACGAGAAGUGGGGGGAUCGGCGACUGCGACCCAAGGGACCACUUGGCCGGUUGUUCACCGGCGAUUUGCUAGGUGCCGAUUCACCCUCCGCUCGCGGCGAAGCUCGACCAUGUUGAGGUCGGGCGCGAGACACCCGGAUGCUGACGAAGGCGCGUCCACGUCCGGCGAGCGCGACUGUCGCACGCGACAGCUGCACGCGACGCUCGCGGAGUACCUGCAGCUGGAGCAUAAGUUCCAGCCGAAGCUGUGUUUGCCCGCUAAUGGAGAGAACGGCGAGGUGACGACUGGCGCCCGGGACGGCGCCGCCCACGUGCUGCGCUGUCUCAAGGUGUGGUUCGACUUGCCGGCAGAUGUGCUGAUCAGCGCCAUCAACCUCUUCGACCGUUUCCUGACCAAAAUGAAGGUGCGUCCGUGCCACAUACCGUGCAUCACCGUGUCCUGUAUGAAUAUCGCGAUGGACGAACACGCGGCGGUCACCAAGACGUCGCGGAAAGUCACCGUCGAGGAGCUGGUGUCAGUGUCGCAGUCGGCGUGCACUGCGGGCGACGUGGCGCGCAUGUCGCGCGUCAUCGCCGACAAGCUGUCGCUGGCGGAGCGCUGCUCGGUGACGGCGAUACACUGGCUGCGGCUGCUGAGGACUCUGGUGGCGCGCGCCGCCGCCGAGCUGCAGCUGCGUGCGCUUGUACUGCCGGAGAGCGAGUUGAUCAACCUCCUGGAGAUAGCUGUGUGUGAUGCCGGCUGCGUCAACUCUAGGACCAGCGAGUUGGCGUUGGUGUUGGUCUACCAUCAACUGGAGAAGGAGCUAGUAGAGUUGAGUCGCGCGGCGGCGGAGGGCGCGGGCGAGGGCCAGGCGGUGCCGGAGGACGCGUACUACCUCUACGAGUUCGCUGCACAGCUGCAGGCGCACUGCCACAUGACGGACGCGUCCCUCGUGAGCGCGCGCAACUUGGUGCGCGGCGUCAUCUCGCGGUACGAGGCGCGCCAGGCGGCGCCGCAGAGACAGCGGCUGGUGUGGCGACUGUCCGAGCGCACGCUCAAGGUGCUGCGGCCGACGGACCGUCUGACGUCACUGCUGCCCACCAUCGAAGAGCAGCACUUCGCCGUCGACGUCACUCCCAAACGAACCAGAUCGGGUAGCGAAAGCAGUGAAAGCGAAGAGACAUCCGACUGGCCUCGCAGCCCGGUUCUGCCUGUGUACUGCGACAACUGACACGCGAGCCACACACCACCGAAUAACUACCAUCGCAUGAUGUAUGAAAAAAAAGAAAACCGGUGUUAGCGUCUUGGUCGAUCGAAAAAAAAAAAAACGUCAAGCUGUCCACAGUACAGUGUGCCUAGUGGGAGUUUUCAAUAUUUUCAUACUGUUACUAUCGCGUUGACGUAAACGCGAAUUUAUAUGGAAUUGAAACAGUUGUGCAGUAGUGCCACUAGAUGGCGCUGUUUCAAUUCCUUAGAAAUUCGCGUUUACGUUAACGCGAUAGUAACAGUAUCAAACUGUUACUAGAUUCUCUGAUAAUUGCACUAAUUUUAUAUAUAAAACAGCUCAGAGGAGUGUAUGCUAACUAAAUUACUUAAUAACUCUACAUCUGUACUUUGAGUAGUACAGAUGUGGGUAGGUGGUUAAAGAAUAUUUAAGCCAUUAUAUACAGGAUGUCCCGUAAAUAUUACGACAUACUUUACAAGGUAAUAACUGAUAUCAAGGCAUUCUAAAAUUUCGGCUAACAUAUGUUUCGUUAUUUUAGUAGGACUUGAUAUUAACGGGACACCCUGUAUAUACAGCUCAGAGAGUUAAUGUUUUUUUUUUAUUGACAACACAGAUGAAGUAAUAUUGACAUUGAAAUUUUGAACACUAACGAAACUUGAAAAAAUAUUCUGUAAUAUUUGAUUUAAAAAAAAUAUAUACGGUCGAAUUGAGAAACCUCCUCCUUUUUUUGAAGUCGGUUAAAAAAUAUUUCAAUAUUUAAUUAUUGAUAUUAACGGGACACCCUGUAUAUACAGCUCAGAGAGUUAAUGUUUUUUUUUUAAUUGACAACACAGACGAAAUAAUUGACAUUGAAAUUUUGGACAUUAACGAAACUUGAAAAAAUAUUCUGUAAUAUUUGAUUUUAAAAAAAUACUUCAAUAUUUAAUUAUAAGACUAAUGUCUUAUAAUUACUAAGUAAUAUGAUUGAAAUAUGUAAGAGGUUCUAAUUAAAAAAACUCUGAGCUUUGGAAACUUAAUUAAUUGUUAAAUAAAAAAAAAAUAUUGAUAUUCAGUGUACUGUGGCAGUUUUGCGAUUCAUCUAUUGUCUAUGGUGCGUUUAAUAAAGCAGGUGCGUCCUUUAGGCUAAGUUUGGCUCAACAAGUUAUGAUCUUUGCCUGAUUGGGUCAAUAAAAAAAAGUUUAGCCGAACAAGUCACUGAAAUUAAGCAAUCAAGAAAUAGGAUGAAUAUUUUUAAAUCUGUGAUAUAUUUUUUUUAAUUACUUAUAUUUUUUUAAAUACGCUAUAUUUUCAAGACAUUAGGUAAUGUAAAUAUGUAAUUGACAUAAAAUUUUAGAAAAUCCUUAAUUAGGAGGAAUAUUUAAAAUCAUGAACCUUAUGAACAUUGUUUGGCUAAGCUUUUUGAUAUUUGACAUGGAAAAAUUUAAAUGAAUUACAAAAAUCACAAAUAAAAAAAAAAUAUUUUUUAAAAACAAGUGAAUUCAUUAUAGUUAAAUAAUACUGUAAGUAAAAAUGUUGGCAGAUAUCUUAUAAAAGUAAACCCUCUAAAACUGAAUAGAACAGAGAUUCCAUAAAAUACUAUUAUUUGACUAAAAAAAGGUUUUAUAACUUUUUGGGUAUAUUGCCGAUAUUUAUACCGAACUUGGGCUUUACAAUACACGACCUUCGCCUUAUAGGACAAAUUAAAAAAAAAAAUUGGUAGCUAUUCCCGGUCGGAUAAAGUUUGACAUAAUAAUUAGAUAAUAGACAAAUUUUUUGGCACUUUUAUCACAAUUAUUAUCUAUGAAAUACUUUUAUUUAACAAUAAAAAGGUUUUCUCAGAAAUAUUUGCAAGUUUUAUUACCUAAAACUGUUUAAAUAUAUUUCUUUAUUUUUUUUUUGAGAAAUGCACAAAUACUACGAGUUUACCCACCAUUUUGUCAUUGUCUAAUUAUUUAGUCUUAGGCUCCAUUCACACUGGCCGAGAGUUGAAGCUAAGCGUCGCUACAUGUAGUCCUGCGGGAACUCUGCAUUUUACGCGAUAAAAAAUAGCCUAUAUCUUGCUCAUUUAUCUUUUAGUGAAAGUCGUAUUAAAAACUGUUUAGGCGUUACAGAGAUUAAAAAAACACACAGAAAUGAACAAAUCAGUCUUUCUCAGCCAUGUUAGUGUUGCAUUUAAUGGAGAGAAUAGAAGUAAUUUAAAAGAAAAAUGAAGGUUUAUUCGUUAAAUCAUAUAAUCAAUAUGUUAUAUUGUUUUAAUUCGCGCACAAACGAAUCUUGUACGAAUGGGCUUCGAAACUACUGGAUCAAUUUUAAAAAGUCUCCACCAAUGGAGAGCUAUGUCAUCAGCGAGUAACAUGGAUUAUAUUUCAUCCCCGUAUUCCAACGGUACUACAUGGGUGAAACCAUAGAGGUCUGCUACUUGUGAAGACCAGUCGCAAAGCUUAACUUCGACUUUGCGCCAAUGUGAAAGGACUCUUAGUUUAAAAUAGUAAAAUGUAGUGUCUUGGUGUGGUAGAUUUUUGUUAUUGAGGUCCCGUCUUUUGAAUUGAGUCAAAAUCACGUGAUUCCCUGCAUUUGAGGAGAAAACUAUGUUUACAAAUGGAAAAUGGAUUAAUUUAUUAUUCUUAUUACAGUAGCAUGAAUAAAUUCAAUACCUAUCAGCUAAUAACCGCCACGCGUGAUAAUACUAUUUAAAAAACGAAAAAAAAUCUUCAACUUGAUGAUGUCUGAACAAAUACGUUAAUAAAAUAUAGCAAACUUGUUAAUAAGCGGUGUAAAAAAAAAACGAAUUAGCUACUUUUCAUCUUACCGGGAAGUUUUUAAACGAAAAUAAAAUACUGAAUAGGCUGUAUGGUCAUCGAUCUUUGCCUCAUAGAUGGGUAGACUAAUUAAAAAAAAAAACAAUGCACAUAGCCUAAUUUAAUCUCAAAAUUAUUUUAACAGGUACGUACGUUUUAGUUUUCAUUUUAUUUUAAAUUGUAAUAACUAAAUCCUUUUUCUUAUUAUUUGUAAACGUAGUUUUUAGGGUUGUAUGGUUUUGGUGCGUUCAGUAAAAUCGGUUGGAAAUCCAUAGAGGUUGAUGUGUUUUUUAAACUUAUUUUUUUUUUUUAAACUGACGAGGGCAGUUCUUGUUGGCCCAUUUUAUCAGUAAAACAGAGCUUUAUUGUUAGUUAUUCAUACUUUUUAAGAGAAAAUAAUUGCUAUAGUGUAUCACUACCGGUAAACUUGGAUUUUAGAAUUAAAAAAACAUUUCUGGAUAUAAUUUAUGAAUUCCAGGAAUCGAUAAAAUCUUUGUCAGUGGAAUUUGUUGAAUAUAAUAAUUGCAAAACCAUAUAAAUAUUUUUUUGGCUGUUCAAAAUUAAAAAAAAAAAUAUGUUUUUUUUUAAUAAGGAAUUUAAUUUAAUUAUUCUCCUAUCCAAAAUUUUCACCGGUCGGGUACACGUGGCUUUUUUGGCGCCAAAAAGCAUUGUCCUCGUGCAUUCAUAGCUUUCGUACUGUGAUUUUUGUAAAAAUUAAAAAAAAAAAAUUCCAUAUAUAUUUCAUAGUUGUGUAAGUAUUGUGAGUGAGUGAACUUUAAGAAAAAAAAGUUAAAAAAAAAAUCCACCGAUAUAAUUUUUUUUGUUUUUAAUAAAAAAAAAGAGAAAGAUUAUUUUCGAUUCUGGCUUACUGUAAAAUCAAAAAAAAUAAACUAUUUUGUGAGCCUGAAUUGAGAAUAAUGUUUUUGUUACUUAAAUUUUAUAAUAAUAUAGUAGUUAAUUAGUAAUAUAUAUAUUUUUGACUAACUGUUGACUCAGUGUAAUUAUAACAAUUGACAGGUAUCUAAAAUGUAAUCUCAAACGGGAUUUAAAAAAAAACAGAUCAAGUCCGAUUACAAAACGAAGGCUUCGUACAAAAAUUAAGUUAUUUUUUUGUAAUUUAACUAAAAUUACUCAGUCGUUGAAAUAAUUACAUUGAAAAUCUAUUAUAGUGGUUUAUUUUCUUUUUUCAAAAUUAUUAUCAUUAACACUUAAAAAAAAUGUAAUAAAAAAAUAAAAUAUCGUCAUUUUUAACAUUACAAUGCGUUUAUUAUUAAUAUAAAAUUAAUAAUUAAUGAAUUUUCUUUAUACUUUACUAGUUUAAAGUCAAUGAAAUGUAAAACAAACAAAAAAAUAUAUAUAAUAUAUGAAAAAAAAAUCAUAAAAAAAUGAUCUCAGGUAAUUAUGAAUGUGUAUUUUUUUUUGUGUAAAGUGUAAUGUAGUGUUUCUCUUGUAAUAAAAGUGUCUUUAUAAAAAAAAUUCUCGCAGACAAGACCAAAAAUAUAAUAGACGAGAUAUGGCUGUAUAGCAACCUAAGGUUUUUAGGAAUCUACUGCAAAUACACAAAGAAAAAAAAGUUUUUAGUCUAUUAUAUCUUUAGUCUGUUACUCAAAAUGCUUUUAUGAUUUUCUGUAGAUAUAUAUAUUAUUUUCAUUAUACGGUUGCUUUACAACCAUGAUCUAUAUUAACUUAAUAAAAAAAAACCUCCAAAUCAAAGAUAACAAAAUUUGUACAAGUUGUAAGAAACCAAGUAUAUACAUAGUAAUGAAAUUAUCAUUCCAUCUGUCCGAGUUAUUUUGUCAAAAUAUAUUGAUUGAAAAUUAGCAAUUAGUUUAUCGACCUAUUAAUUAUACUUUCAAUUUAUCAUACAAAUUAAAAUCAACAAAAAUUUAGUUUUUUUUUCUCUUCGAAUAAUUUAAACAUCAUAGAAUAAAGAAACAGUGCGUCGCGUAGUCGUUAACACGUCUGAACGCGACGACGUCCACAUCGAAACUGAACUAGUGAACUCGUGCUAGCCAAGUUUAAUCAACCUACCUUCAUUACUUUAUGGCAAAUUGUACAAAAUAGCUCAUUAUGUGAUAAUCAUCUUAUGAAUAAAAUGUUGUUUUUACCAACUUUGCAAAUGUAUUGUGUUACGUAUCUAUUUGUGGUAUGCAUAACUUUGAAAGUUUGACAAAAUAUGCCAUAAUAAAAAAAAAAGUAUUUUUAAAUAACAAUUUUAUGCAAUGAUUUUUAGGUUAAUCUAUAUAAAUUGGGGAUAAUAUUAUAAUACUUUUUAAAUACCAUAAUUGAAGGGUCUUAAAUGAUUUAAUAUAUACAUCAUUGUCAGUUUAUUACCACAUUAUAUUUUGUUUCAAUAGUAAAAGUAAUAUUUGUGAUAUUUAUCUAUGGAGUAUCUUAAGUUUUAUACUACAUCCUUCAAAACCUAUAACAUUUUGAAAAAAAAAACAUACAUACGUAGAACCUCCUCCUUUUUGGAAGUCGGUUAAAAAAAUCAAAUAUACCUCUUCAAGUAUGGUUUUUAAUUUGGAUGCCCUGUCCUUGGUCUUCAAUCUUCAAGUCAUAUGGGGACUUAAAUCAACAUAUCCAUAGAUAAUCUUACUUUUUAUCUGCAUUUACUUCAACAUUUUUCUAAAUAGUUAUACUUAUUCUUGAAACAAACUGACCAGAUAAGUAAAAUGUGAAAUGCCAAUUUUACUUUUUUUUUUUUUUAAGAGAUAACUUCUCAUUUGGAGGAUACACCGCUUGGUACCGUAACGUAACGCGUUACAGCUGUAGUUGGCACGUUUGACACUUGCAGCAAACUUUGGACUGAUUAGUGAUUUUACGACCACAGACUAUAUAGAAAAGUUGUUGCUGCUGUCAAAGUGGUCUUCACACCUCUUCAACACUAUAGGACUAGUAAAAUUCAAUUAUAGGCUCCUUGCCUCUUUUGUAAACAGUGUUUUAACUUAAUUAUGGAAGUAUUAUAAGGUAUAUUUUAUUUUGUCCCGUCAAUAAUAAUCAGUAAAAAAAAUUAAUAUAAAUCUACGUAAAUUUUUUGCCGCCGAAACACAACACAUUAGCAAGUGACGUCAUUCAUAGAGAUAACAGCGUGAUUAGCGUUUGCUGUUAUGUGAUAAUAUCACGUCACCGCAAGCGCCAAUCACAAACCGAUGCUUUGUAGCGAAUGACGUCAUAGCUUAUGUUUGGCGUUUGCGGUGACGUGAUAAAAAUACAAUUUUGUUUUAUAAAAAUAUUGCAAUUACGAGAUUAUUUUCACAAAUAAAAAUGUGAUUAGAGUUCCUAGGCAUCUAAACUGCCUAUAUGCAACAAAUCUUCUUGGUUUUGUACAGCAGGCGAGUAGCCUAUUGAUUAAAAAAUUAGUUUAUGUCAUCACUUUUUUGAGCGUCUUGGUUAUUGAACACGUGUACUUAGUAAGUUUUUAACUUAUUAGAAAAAAAAUAUACCGCACUUUGUUGUUAUUGUUUUUUUUUUAAUUUUAUUGGUCCUGUAAUUUUUAGAUAUGCAUGAAAACGGCAUUGCUUUUUAUUAUUUUCUGGUCAGUUUUGUGUGUGCCUGAACGAUGAAUUUGAUCAUGUGUAAUAUACGAGUAAUAAACAGUGUGAAGUGAAUAUUGUAAUCUCGAAUUAGAGAAAAUAAAAAUUGCAACUCUUGAG